AUGCCAGCGAUAGUGGAGCCAGAUAGAGUCAAGUGCACUUACGUCGAUUGCAACUUGCUCUUUGCGAACGAGACAGAUAUGAAGAGGCACAAGAAGCACAGUGAUGGGCACGACUACUGCCACAAGUGCGACGAAGAUUUCGAGUCGUACGAAGACCUUGCGCAGCACAAGAUCUUCCGGCCUGAUACGCACAACAAGGCCUGCCGUGUCUGUGGUCAGGAAUUCAAGUCCGAGUCUGGAUUGAGACGCCAUAUUGAGCUCGUAGGCGAGCACGUGCAUGCGGAUGAUGACAGCACUGACUAUUUGCAGACGCACAAAAUCGACCAAAAGCUGACCUGCAUUGGCUGCAACAAGUCCUUCUAUCGAGCUUGUCUUUUCAUCGAGCACCUCGAGUUUGGCUACUGUGAAGUCAUCUCCGCUUCGCAGUUCCAAGGCCACAUUGUACACAAGCAUCUAGUGACGGCGCUGCUGAAAGAUAGCUCAGCCUACGAUCGCUUCAAGGCGAAGCAAGCCAAGUACGAUGCGGCCACAGGGGACUUCGAGGAGGAGGGAGGUGUAUGUCUCGAUGAUCCCCUGGACAGAGACGAAGAGAUCGAGGACGUCAACUUUGCUGCACUCCAGCCUGAAGUUUCUAACGCGCCUCUUCCGCAGUCUGCUGCUGGCCCGUUUCCUCCACUUCGCACACACUCUCAGGCUUCUAGCUACGAUAUUUUUGAGGUAGCCUCUACCAUCGGUGCCAUGUCUGUCAACGGCGACAAUGAUACAAGUGCCAUCGUUGGACACCGCAGUUCUGCUCCGCACUCUGCGUACGGCAGUUCCACGUACGCUGCGUCUACAUCGACUGGUCGCCAGCUCAAGGUUUGGGGCGGCCGCAAUGGCAAAUCAGCUAGUAGUACCUUGUUUCCCAAUGCCAAAUCUACGCCAGCUACCAAGGAGUUCUCUAUCGCCGCGCAUGACGAGCAGAUGGAGCGCGACCACGGCAUCAACAUCAUGAGAACGCGGUUCUGGGAUCCACUCAGCAGCGACUGGAACCCUGAGCGCUUCUACGACUCGGUCAUCAACAAGUACAACUGUCCAUUUGUGUGCGAGCUCACAUUCGAGACACCUGCCGAUUUGAACAAGCAUAUUAAUGGCGACCACCGCCUCACGCGCAUGAAGUGUCCCAUGUGCCUCAAGUACUUCAAAUCGGCAACGGCACUCAUGGCACACUGCGAGAGCCGUGGGGCCAAGUGCCUGAUCAACAAGUCAGACAACUUCACCCUAUUUCUCGACCGCAUGUCCGGCGGUUUCCUCGGCGUCAAAGAGAAGGUCCGCCCCGAUCAUCUCAACAACCCCACGGUCCUGCUCACCGACCCGGAGACGGGCCGGGUGGAGCGCUACAAGCCGCCGGUGGCUUCGUACCUGCAGUACAUGGUGACGCAGCCGCCGGACUGGAAGGAGCCGAGCCGGGCGGGCGUGCAGAUAGGGUUUGCGAUGCAGCAGGGCCAGUGGUAG